AUGAAGGUGACAUUGCUGUCAGCUCUGCUUAUCGCAUCAGCAUCUGCCGAUUCAGGCACUUGCACCAAGGACGCAUGCCUAAAGGCGGUUGGACUGUCCAAUUGCCGAGCUCGAAGAUGGCCGCCCGCACAUGAGGGUGACUGUUCCUCAUUCCUACGAUACACUUCGAUCCCUUCAGCGACGACUGUGGCUGCGACUGGGGAGCAAUCGACCGUGACAUUGAAGGAUACCGAGACUCUGGGCCCGGAGACGGAUGAGGCGACUGCGACACAGUCAGAUCAAACUGCCACCACCAGCAUUACUUCUGACCCUGUGACCGUGUUCGUUGCUAUCACCCCGACCAAGACUGUCACCGUCACUAUUACCAAAACAGUUGUUCAGAAUGACGUGAAUACCAUUACGGAGACAACCUAUUUCGGCCUGCCUUCCAAGUGUGCGAUUGCAGUUCGAUCCACCAAGAAUAUUCUCAGGCCAACAGAUAUCCCAUCCUAUGCUGGAUCAUGCACAAAUGCCGAACAGUACAGCAGUGCUUGUGCCUGUAUGGGUGUCCAAGAGACUACUAUCGAAGGAACCGGUUCUGUCAUCACUGAGACUGUUGAGCCUCACCCCGAGACAGUGGUCAACGUUCACACGGAAACCCGCCCUGCAGUGACCGUCACUACAACACUCCCAGCCAAGACACGAACUGUGACUAUUACUCUUCCCGGACCCCAGAUCACCAAAACCACAACCGCCGACGCUACCACAGUUUUGACCUCCUUCACUGCCGAUCAAGAUACCUCCGUCAUCACACAGCAAGCAACCGAGGUCGACAAGACGACAUCCGUCACCACCAAGACCCGCUCCGUCGGACCAAUCUGCACCACCUACACGCCCUCACAGACCUCAUGCAACUGCAAAUUCGAGGUCCUCUGCGACCAAGCAGUUACCGUCAAUUUUUCAAACUUUCAGAGAAAAAUAGACUUCAACACUUAUGUCGGUAGCUUCGAGGAGUGUAUGCAGCGCUGCGACAACAACCCGAGCUGUCAGUUCGGUGACUUCGCAUCCCUUCCAAAUGGUGGCCUUUGCUCAAGUUACGGUGGCAAUCCAGGAGACUCUGGUACUGAGUCUCAGAGCGGUACCAAGUAUUUUGAGAAGGACGGAAAUGUCGACUGCUGGUCUUGUUCACAGUAG